GCAAGGUGGGUGGAAGACGAUGGGUAGAUUGCCUGAACUCAAUCACUAUAUAAACAUGAUUGUGUAUGUGACACAGCAAAUAAUCUAGUUUAGCUUUGCUUGCUUUACUUGUUUCUAUGAGCGUUAAUCUGAAAUUGAUAUGUUGCAUACUUUCACACAACUAUAUUUCGCUCGGAUCUUACAACACCACUAGGAUAAUUGUUUGCAUCGUUUACACCGGUAUGUCAACCAAAUGAUUAUGGAUUGGCCUAGGAGGAGAGUUGAUUUGCUACUAUUCUGUGUAAGCUUAAUUCUUUCAUUACCAGUCGGAGGUCGAACGUGCAUCACCGCAUCUAGCACGACAUCGACAUCAGAAUGUGCUACACAGCCAACGCACAUGUGUCAUGUCACCACUCAAUACGAGGAUGUAGUACUUUCCAAUCAUACCGUAUGGGCCUGCAUAUCUAAUGGACUAACUUCUCUGCACUGCACUCCCAACUGCUGUGCCUCCGACAAUCUCAUCGAUGGAGUGAUCAAUCUCACUAGAGGCGCUAGAACAGAGAUUGACUGCUUGAAGACUUCUACCAACCCGACCAAUCCCUACGUACACAAGUUGGAAAUACACGGACCCCCUGGCUCCCAAGUCCUUAUGGCGGUUUCUAAUGGUGAUGCCCGUAACGUAAUCACAGUAACUGACGCAGAGGAUAGUGACGAUGUGUACAUCUUCAAUGUUAAUAGCUUCGUCACGGAUGAUGAUUACUUCUUGUCGUCAUCUAAUGUUGUCUAUCUUCACGGUACCUUCACAAAUUCUGGUCAGGGUCAAAAUGUUGUCAUUAUUUCUCAGGCUUUCGAUAUCAUCGGUAAGUUUCAUCCUUUAUUGGAUACAUUCUUGGCACAUACCAUCAUGGCGACUACUCCUCCGCAGCAGUGCACAGUAUCACCUCUAGCCACAGGGGACAAUCAAUGGCAUACUCGCGCUGAAUGCGAAGAUGGCAUGCACAGUUUCAACAAAUCCUGCUACCAAUUCAGCACCGCAAAUGCGAAUCUAGCCACGGCAAGGAUAAACUGUGAAGCAAUGGGGUAUCAUCUAGUCUACAUCGAGAGUAGCGAGGAGCAGGGCUUCCUGGAGUCCAUGGUGAACGGGAUUGUCCCUUUACCGAAGGAGCAAUGGAUCGGCAUAGAGAGGACAGCACAGGGGGAGAGGGUCUGGAUGGAUGGAUCUACCAUCACAUACUCUAAUUUCAGAGCGGGGGAAGCACGAGAAGAAUGCUUCCAGAUACGACAACAGGAUGCCUACGAGUGGAGAGAUCAUGACUGUGGUCACAAGCAUGCCUAUAUCUGCGAACGAGAACAAGGUUACAAUGGUCUCAACCCGAGCGACGGAGGAUGUGUUGCAUCUAGCGGUACUCUGCCGACCAACAUUAACAACGAGGGCGCCAUUCUUCUCAAAUUCGGUUAUACAAUCAAGACCACUCAGGUCUUUCAAACUACAGGAAGGACGAGAACAACAUCAGUAUUUACAGGCCACUGUAUAACGGCAUGUCUACCAAGAAAAGCGCCAUUUUUGUACCAAAAUGGUCUCGAAGUCGACGUAUCCUGUGGUUCUACUUCAACUUCCUCGGGUUCGUGGGCGGUAACCUUUCAAGCGAGAGGAACUGGAAUGUUCGAAAUUAAUGCAGUGCAGCUGCUUAUCUACAACAGAACAGAGCCCCCUACGAUCAGACCCAUGUAUGUAACGUCAACUACAAUGCCACACACAGCACCUUCUGCUACUACAAGUCAGAAUAGUACAGCGAUAGAUCCCGAUAUCUCCGCGGUUACUAUACCACAGACCACCAGUCCAACAUCUCUGCUUACAUCAUCCCUUACAACAACAAAUACCACGACACAAGGAAAUGGAAAAUCAACAGGUGUGAACAGUGCAUUAACCAUCACGGUAGCUCUUCUCCUGAUAUUCAUCCUAAUCAUUGUCAUAAUAGGAGUCACAUGUUUCGUCAGGAGAAGACGUUUGUCAUCCGUUGACCAGAAUUCCCAACCCCAGAAUUCAGAAGCAUACGUCAAAAACUCUGCAUUCGACAAGGAAAAUAAUGAGCAGCACGAUUAUACAACGUGCAUACAUUCAGUAAAGAGCUCUUCAAAACAAGUUGAUCACUCGGAGGUACUUGACGAUGUUAAUCAGCACGAGUAUACUGAGUUACCUUGUGAUAGAGCCCCUAAACCUGACAACCUGGUGAUCUACAGCGAGGUGGGAGAAGAAGAAUAUAAUGUUCUGUUCGGCGGCAAGAUGAGGGGUGACUAUCAUGAAUACAAUCUACCAGACUCUGACCAGGGUACAGCGGUUCCAGCUGAAAGGUCUCAUGUUGAUGGUACUAAUCCUCAGAGAAAGCGAUCGUUGAUUAAUGGGACUGAGCAAAGAUCGGAAGACUACAACGUUCCGUUCGAUGGACAGGAGAGGGGCGACUAUCAUGAAUAUAACCUACCAAACUCUGACGAGGUGAAGCCAGGUACAGCGGUCCCAGAUGAAAGGCUUCAGGAAGGCGGCAGUCGACAUAUCCUGAACGGAACAUUAAUUAGCGUGUCUAAGAAGACAUCGUUGGACACGGAUCAUGCGCUACCAAUGCUUCAGAAACCUGGGGACCAUGCCGAAGCGGGCGACAAUGCAUACCAACAUUUACACACGACUGACGAUGGAAGCUACACUCCACUUACGAAAACGUCUCCAGGUGACCAUGGCUCUCUGCAUGAGUCAUCCAUUCCGAAGAAAUGCAUUAAGGAUGAAUUUUCAGACGGUAAAUCAAAGAUAACAUCGGAAUAUAACGAUCCAAUUUCCAAAACUGAUGAGGAAUCAUACGAUUGUCUCCAGCGCGCAUCGUUGACGGGGGCCCAGAGGAACACGACCAAAGAUGCAGUUCAUGUUGACGAGAAUGACUAUCUGACCCCCAAUGCAGGCAACACUUACCAGACCUUGGCAAACCCUGAAGCUCAACCGGAGAAUUCUGGCGAUAAAAUUUUGGACUACUCGCAUCUCGAAAGAGAUCUAAAAACCAAUCCCCUGCCCGAUCCGACUAUAAGCUCGAACGAGAGCAAUCAGUAUGAGAAACUCAAUCUACAUUAAAAGUCUCAAUGAUUGUUAGUAUUAUUCUGGGAACCUUGCGAUUGAUUGAAGGACUUCAGAUUGGUUCGGAUCAAUCGCAACUAUUUAUACGACGGG